CGGCGCACAGAACACUUCCUGGAUUCAGAGAAAGCGCUGGUAGCGCGAGGGAGCAACAGAAGAUGUUCUGUUUCUGAGAAUUCAUACACAGAGGAGCUUCAUCAGCGAUGUGAUUUCACCAUUCUGAAGGGUUCCAGUUUCCGCGGCGGCGUUUAGUAACCGGUUCUGGUUAGAGAGUUCACCAUGGGGUUAUUAACUAUACUCAGAAAGCUGAAGCACAAGGAGCGGGAGAUGCGCCUGCUGAUGCUUGGUCUGGACAACGCUGGAAAAACGACCAUCCUGAAGAAAUUCAAUGGCGAAGACGUCAGCACUAUUUCUCCAACCCUAGGAUUCAACAUAAAGACGUUAGAACAUAGAGGGUUCAAAUUAAAUAUCUGGGACGUAGGAGGUCAGAAAUCAUUGCGAUCCUACUGGAGGAAUUACUUUGAAAGCACAGAUGGACUGGUGUGGGUGGUGGACAGUGCAGACAGACUGAGACUGGAGGACUGCAGAAAAGAACUUGGUGCUCUGUUACUGGAGGAGAGAUUAGCAGGAGCCACACUUCUUGUAUUUGCAAACAAACAAGAUCUGCCUGGUGCAUUGUCUAAGGAUGCAAUCAGAGAGGCACUAGCGCUGGAUGACAUUAAGACGCAUCACUGGUGUAUAAUAGGCUGCAGUGCAGUGACAGGCGAGAACCUCCUCAUGGGUGUAGACUGGCUCCUGGAUGAUAUCGCUGCACGGAUCUUCACAGCUGAUUGAGAAAAGUGCCUUAAAUAUAUUGCAUUUCUGGUCAGUUUUGAGAGCGCAGCAUGUGUAACCACACAUUCACAAGUGUUAGUGUGGUUAUGAUCUUGAAGGCACCUGAAGCAUGUUUUGCAAUUUUGAAGCAGUUACUGGCAUCUUUUUUUUUUAGUACACCAUCAUUAAUGAUGCAGAUAUGUACAGUUCUACUCCCCCACAUUUACUUAAGCUUCUGUUUCUCAUGUGCCAGGGGGGUAAAAUUUUGGGUUCAGAAGAGAGGAAUAGAGUUAAAAUAAGUAGAAAAUAGAGUUAAAAUAAGUGAGUUAAGCUGCAAUGUGUGUGUUUUUAAUGGUGCCUGUUUUCUGCAGGUGUUUGCCUGAGUACUCUGAUCUCAUUGUAAUCUGUAAGGAGUGGUUUUGCUUGGUUCAUAAUGCACAACAAAAAUUCUGCUUUGCUACUGUAAUUUCAGUGCCCACUGCAAACCAAGAAAAAUAAAAUUGUCAUGUAGUUUCA